UUUAGAGAUAAAAAAAAAAUGAGUGCUGUCAAAGAAGUUCGCCGUGUCUCCGUAACCAAGGUCCGACCAGCAAGUUACAUAAUUCAUAAAAGGAUUGAUUUAAGUCCAUGGGAUCUGAAACCUCUAGGAUAUGAAUAUAUACAAAGUGGUUUUGUUUUCACAAAACAACCACUACUGAAGAAAUUCGACAACAUGAUAGCUCAUCUUAAAACCUCUCUGUCGCAUAACCUUGAUCAUUUCUUUCCUUUAGCUGGUCGUCUUGAUUUCCAAAAACAUGAAGAUGAUGGAACGAUCUCCGUCUAUAUCAACUGCAACUCUGAGGGUGCAGAGUUUAUCCAUGCCACCGCAGAGAUAUCCGUGGAUGACAUCCUUUCUCCAGCUUAUGUUCCUCAAAGCAUCAUCGAUCUAUUGUUUCCCCUCAAUGGUGUAUUGAACCACGAGGGUCACUCACAACCUUUGCUUUCUAUUCAAGUUACCGAAUUACUCGAUGGCAUAUUUAUAGGGUGCAGCGCAAACCAUUCGGUCUGUGAUGGUACUUCAUUUUGGCAAUUCCUUAAUUCAUGGUCUGAAAUCUGUAGAUUAUCCGGUAUUCAUACUCCAGAUCGUCCUCCAGUUUUUGAACGUUGGUUUAUGAGUGACAGAGAUUGCCCUCUCCGGCUUCCAUCUUCUUUCGCGGAAAAACUUUUGGCAAUAAAGAACCCCACAACAAGUGACCCUAUAAAUUUACCCUUACAUAAUUGUGCAGAGAGAUGCUUUCAUUUCACUAAAACAAGUAUUGCAAAGCUGAAGGCGACUGUCAACUCGGAGAUGGUAUCGGAAACAAAAGCAGGCAUGCUAAUCUCUUCACUACAAGCUGUAUUAGCCCAUGUUUGGAUAGCAGUAACACGCGCUAGAAGAAGCUUAAAUGUCGACUAUAAUGAAAAUGAAGAAACUUUGUUUGGAUUAAUGAUGAGUAACAGAACUAAGUUCAUUCCACCCUUGUCAGAAACGUACUUUGGCAAUUCAAUAACCUUUGGAAUGGUAAUGGCAAAGGACGAUGAGGUGCUUACAAGGGGAUCUGGGUUCCUAGCUUCGUUAUUGAAUGAAGUCGUUAAAUCCCAUUGUGAUGAAAAAAUUAAGAGUUCUAUCAAAUCGUGGAUACAAAAACCUUUUAUCCUAACUUUUGGUGGUGUCGCGAACAAAAAUUUAGUAGCAAGGAAUUCCCAGAGAUUCGAUAUGUAUGGAAAUGAUUUCGGGUGGGGACGCCCCAUUGCCAUAAGAACUGGUAGAAAUGGCAAAUCUAGUGGAAUAACUAGUGUGAGUCCAGGACCAGAUGAAGGAAGUAUUGACAUUGAAAUUCUCCUUCCAACUGAGGUUCUUCAAGCCAUGGAAAAUGAUGCUGAAUUCACAGAAGCUUUUUCAACAUAGCAUGUGUUUCAUUGAUGUGUUAGACUGUUUUCCUGGCUAGCUCUUCCUAUUUCUUUUUGUUGUUUUGGUAAUGUCUGGCUAGAUAUGUUGAUGGUUCGUACUAAAUGAAUAAAAUGUCACCUACUCAAUCAUGUCCAAUCAAUUGAUAACGAGUUGGGCACUAGGGAGUACUAAAAUGAUGGCUUUCUCAGUAAAAUAGAUUGAUGUCUUCCUCAAAAUGUAUGUCAAUUUAAAUACAACGGACCUGUUGUUUGUGGUGCCCGUAGUUAGCUGUGGUUUUGAAUUGUGUUCGUCUCAAAGAUUAAUUGCUAAACA